AUGGGUAACUGCAUACCAUCACAAAUCGAUCAGAGACAGCUAGUCGAAUCACCACAAUGUGUUUCCCUAUUGAAUGACCUGGCAUAUCACAUACAAAAUACCUCAAAAUACAAAAGCCGUAUUGCGGAUCCUGAGAAUUCACUUGCUUUAUUUCAAGGGGGUUGGGAAUCAAGAACAAAUCCUGUGAUUCAAAUUUCAUCUCGUGAUACUCCGCAGUUAACAGCCGCUGGAUGUUUGACAGAUUCCGAACGAAUAUUUUAUACCACAACUCCGAAGAUAAAACACAUCAACGGAAACACUCGCCACAAUCUCUACACAAAGCAAAAUUUUCCAGCUUCAUCCUCAAUUUGUCUGGAUUCCGGAGUGGAAAAAUCUCCAUCCCUAUCCCCGUUCGAUUCGACCAAGAACCGAUUUCUUGGCGUUUUUGGUUCGCAUUCAAAACUGUAUCCGGUUCACCUGGCUUCCCCCGAGCCCCAAUCUUCAUAUGGGAGACGAAAUUAUUUAGAUUCAGGGAAAGUUAAACGAAGUGUUUCCAACGAUGGCUCCAGUAACCAUUUGCACUGGCAAAGUCGAUUCACAGAAGGCUCGCCUAAUGAUAGCGGACUGGGUAGUUGUUCAAUAUGUGCGACAAAGGACCGCCAGAGAGCAGAUCUAACAAGCGCCGUGGGCGUUUGCGGUGUGGGAGACUCGGAUGUAUCUGAAAAUGGAAGAUCAGAACCGGACGAUUCAGAUAUACCACCACGACCACCCAGAACACGUCGCCGAAACUUAGAACCAGACUUUCUUGCCCCCAACUUACAUGAUUCGCGGGAUACAACCGGAAGUUACUUGGGCUUUUUGAGAGACCAGGAGAACGAUGCAUGCAGCUCUGAGUCGUUCUGCAGAUCCACAUCACGACUGACAAGGGUGCACAAACUAAGGAAAGAUGUUGCUGUUUGUAUUGCUCCUCAUGUGAGAAACAGCCCUUUUGAAUUAACCAUACAAGUGGGGGAGAGGUUGAACAUAAUUCACCAGAACCCAUUGGGGUAUCAACCUUCCUCACCAGGCAGCUGGUUGUUUGUUGAGCACCCAACCAAACUGGACCUAACAACUAACAAACCAUCUCGUGGUUUUGUACCUUUGGAAAAACUUGAGAUUGUGGAUCUUUUACCAGUCAAGCAUGCUGCUUGGUUUGACGUUGACCGAGAGGAGGCUGAAAAGAUGCUGUUAGUUAUGGGUCAUCCAAGUGGGACAUAUAUCUUGCGAGCAUCAUCAGAUUCAAUGAAUGCCUUCGCGUUAUCGAUCCGUUGCUUUGACCGCAAACUAAAUGCCUGGCUUGUAAAGCACUAUCGUAUUCGCUAUCGACUCUCGAAGAACAGAUUCUACAUCUUCCAUCGUGCAUCAUUUCAUGACGUUGAUCAACUGUUGGCUUAUCACUCAAUUCAUUCUGACGGCUUACCAUGCCGCUUAACACAACCUUAUCGUCGAUCAUCCCGAAACCUGUCGACUCUGACCCAUAUGGAAGUGGAACGGUCCAGUUUCCUUUUCGUUCAACGACUUGGACGUGGAAGUUUCGGUGAGGUUUGGCAAGCAUUGUGGAACAAGCGUACUCCAGUUGCCAUUAAACGGCUCAUCCCAGACGAAAAUAUGGAGAUCGAAAGAUUUUUAGAAGAAGCUCGAAUCAUGAACCGACUGAAUCACCCUCGAAUUGUCCGACUUAUGGCUGUGUGCACACAACCAACGUCGGAGCCACCUCUGAUCGUCACAGAACUGAUGGAAUUGGGCUCGCUAAAGGACUACAUGCAAAACCUCUCACCCGGAAGCCUCACUUUUGUGCACUUAAUCAAGAUGAUCACGUGGGUUACCGAGGCAAUGGUGUAUCUCGAAAAGAACAACUUCGUUCAUCGGGACCUGAGGGCAAGCAACGUUCUCGUGAACAGAAAACACCAACUAAAAGUGGCCGAUUUUGGUCUAUCGCAUGUAUUAACCGAUGCAAAGGAGUACGUUGGAACCACACAAACGAAAUUCCCUGUUCGCUGGACUGCACCCGAAGGAAUGCUUAAACAAAUGUAUUCUACAAAAUCAGAUGUCUGGUCGUUUGGAGUGUUGGUAUACGAAAUACUCACUUUUUGUGAGGUUCCAUACCAUGGCAUCGCAUCCAAGGACAUCAAAGAAUAUGUGUGCUCCGGUCACCGUCUACCACAGCCUAGGUUAAAAGUUCCAGUUCCACGUCAUCUGUUGGAAAAGGAUACAUACGAAAUGCCCAAGAUUGAACUGAUAAAAGCCGACUAUUCUUGCCCGGAGUUUUUGUACGCAAAAAUGCUUCAAUGUUGGCGGACAUCACCCGAUCUACGACCGUCAUUCUAUCAGCUAAAUCAGUAUUUUGAUUCCUUGUAUGAAGAACUUUGUGAAGUGAUUUAACAAUCGGAAGAUUUUGCCACAACUUGGUCAGAUUCGUCGC